AUGGCUUUCACUCUUGCCCAGCGCUUUGUAAGGCUUCAGUCGACAUACAACAGCCUCGCAGAUUUUCUUCACGACAAUCAGAAGCCUGCUCUGAGGCACUCGAACGGCCAAGACGACAUCACACAUCGAGCACUACUCGAGUUCGUGGCAAACUUCGAGCUACCAGUCCCAAACCAUGGAUGCCUCAGCAAGCCUAUCGUGGCAAUCAUCCUACCAAACGGACCCCUCCUCGCGGCUACGGUUCUGGCAACAUCAACUUGGUAUGCCGCAGCGCCUAUCAACCCCUCCGCUGGAUAUGAACAGGUUGCCGCAGAUAUCAAGCUGGCGGGUGCCAGCGCCAUCAUCAGUUGCCAGAGCGAGAGCGAGAGGCUGGACUUGAAACAGACCGGCCUUGAUCUCUUUCACGUUGUCCAGACACCGGACGGUCGUCUCGGUACAACAAAAGUGUGGCCUGAAAACAGAUCAGCCCCCAAGGACAAGUACCGGCCCCGCAACCCAAACCAUGAUCAAGAUAUCGGCAUCGUACUCUUCACGAGUGGCACGAGUGGCAAGAAGAAGGUUGUGCCAAUGACCACGAAAUCGAUUGUCUGCGGUGUGGGCUUUGUCAUCGAGUCGUGGGCGUUGACCGAAAUCGACACGUGCUUGAACAUGAUGCCCCUGUAUCACGUUGGUGGUCUCAUACGGAACGUUUAUGCGCCGAUUUUCGCGAAUGGAAGCACAAUCUGCUGCCCUGGCUUUGACGGCAACCUAUUCUGGGAUAUUGCCGACUCGAUGCGUCCGACAUGGUACUACGCUUCUCCAUCGAUGCACCAAGUCAUUCUCAACGAAGCCGCCAACCGACCACAAGCUCUGGCAAAAUGCGAGAUCCGACUCAUAUGUAAUGCUGCUGGUGGAUUAUUACCAGCAUUGGCAGCACAGCUGCGCGACACAUUCAGCUGUGUCGUACUCCCCAGCUAUGGCAUGACCGAGUGCAUGCCCAUAAGCACGCCUCCUAUCGACUACAAGCUGGACCGCCCGGGUACGUCUGGAAUCAGCGUCGGGCCUGAACUUACUGUGCUAGACGGCAAUGAGCGACCGUCAAGAAUUGGAUCGGUAGGGCGCGUAUGUGUCAGGGGUGAGCCUCUGUUCAAGGGUUAUCUACAAGCCGACGGGACCUUGGACACCUCCCACCUCACUAGGGACGGAUGGUUCGAUACAGGCGACAUGGGCUACAUGGACAAAGACGGAUACCUUUACAUCACUGGUCGCAACAAGGAGGUCAUCAAUCGAGGUGGCGAGUUGAUUUCUCCUUUCGAGAUCGAAAACGCGAUCGUCACUGCUGCGGAACAGCCAGGCUCCGCCAUUUUUGGUCGUGUCUCUCAGGCUCUAGCAUUCUCCGUCCGCCACGACGUCCUGCAAGAGGUGGUCGGCAUCAUACUGGUCACACCACCCGGCAAGCGCAGAGUUGACAUACGCCUACUGAACGAAGCACUCAAGACAAGUUUACAACAAGUCAAAUGGCCAGUGGUGGUCGUUUACAUGGAAGAUGUACCAAAGAAGAACAACAAGGUCCUGCGGAUCAGGCUUGCUGAGCGGCUUGGUCUUCCGUGCGACACAGACUCCACGGUAUACGGAGACCGGCACUGGGACGCAACGUGCCCUCCAGUUGACACGGAUCUUUCCGUGGCGAUUUCGGCCUCUGUCUGCGUCGUGGACCAUAUCAAGGUGCAGCAAGCAGUGAAGGCUGUCAUGCCAGAACACGUCGAUGUCUUCGUGCAAACAAGCCCAGAUUCAGGCACGAUUGAAGCUGUUCUCGGCCCCAACCGGCGCUUUGGUGUUGGCGGUGCAGCUCACUACGACAGCCUCGUGGACGAUGCUCUUUUGAGCGCAGCAAAGACAAGGCUACUAGACGCGCUCGAUGCAAAUCUGAUUCCGCACAAAUUCACUACCAUUCCAGAACCUUUGCCACUGACCGCAAUCGGCACGGUUGAUUCACAGUUACUGAACGCCCGCCUCGAGGCCAUGCGGGAACAGGAAAAUUCCACACUGAGUUCGUCAACGAGCGGCAGAAUCACGCGCAUUUUCGCACAGCUUCUUUCCCUAGACGCGAAGGAGAUCGCCACACAUAAGGACUUCAUGGAGCUAGGAGGUGACUCCCUACGUGCCGGCAAGCUCUUGUCCAUUCUCCGAUCGGAAUUCAAAAUGCACCUUCCUGUCGACCUAAUAUUCAACAGCGGUUCCGUCGACCUUCUGAGUCGCUACAUCGAGAAAAGACUUGCUGAAUCAGGUUCUACGGGUGAUAGCAUCGACGAAGAGGCAGGUCGUCCUCUGCCAGGCUGCGAAAAGACGUACAGCUCGACAAACCCUUUCCUGCUAUUUGUGCAGCUGAUCCCUAUGGUCUUCCUAUACCCAAUAACACGAGGCUUCCAGUGGACGUGCUUCAUUUUCGCUCUCAGUCAUUCCAACUAUCUUUCUACGAGCGAGUAUCUCGUUGGCAGGCUUAUCAACUUGAUCGCAUCAGUGUACUUGGCGAAGCUUGUAGCGAAAUCGAUUUUACCUGUUGUCGGCAUUCUGCUCAAAUGGAUCAUCAUUGGCUACCACCGGGAGGGACUCUUCCCGAUGUGGGGAGGUUAUCACACACGGUGGUGGUUGGCGCAAAAGGUCGUCCAAGUUUGUGGCAAGGGCAUUUUCCGCGCAACCCCGUGGCUAGAGCAACUCUACUAUCGUCUCCUAGGUGCUCGCAUUGGUCGCAAUGUAACUCUCAAGAAUGUCCAACUCGGAGAAUGGGAUCUUCUCGACAUUCAGGAUGGAGCAACCCUGGAUGGGUGCACUAUCCGCCCUAUGGCCGGCGAGAGGAACACUUCUAUGCUGCUAGGUCGCAUCACAAUCGGUCGAAAUGCUUCUGUCGGCUUGAGCUCGGUUGUGGCACCGGGAACGACGAUUCCCGAGGGUACUUGCAUCGGCCCCAAUUCGUCCUCGUGGGAGAUGGGCGACGAUGCUGACGAGUCGAAUCGCGACUUGUCGGCGACCAGGACCCCUGAGGGACACUGGGCGUUGAGGUUGUUCAUAACCGCUCCACUGUGGAUUAUUGCUCGACUUCUAUACCUGACGCCUUGGGUCCUUGGUCUCCUCGGCCUCGUGUAUGGAAAAGCCCCCGAGCCAGGCAGUUCGAUCGCUUCUACCCUCGACUGGUUCGCUGGCGGUCAACGGAUCGGGUACCACUAUCUCGCACGAGCUCUCCGCAACUUCUUCGGGCCGUUCUUAAUAUUUGGAUUUGUCGCGCUUGUACGGAAAAUUCUCGACCUGGUGUUUGGUCCUCUCAUCCCCGGGCCGACACAGGCCCAUGGCCAGAUCGCAAUAUGGCGCAUGGAGCUCAUGAGGACGCUGAUGCCUGUCCCGCAGUUCCAUGACUUCACUGAGCUGUUUGGCAGCCAUUAUGAAGCGACUAGUGUGGCGAUCAGAAUGAUGGGAGGCCGGGCCGGGAAGAGAAUCUACUGGCCCGGCACUGGCCCCACAAUCGGCGAUUACCAUCUCAUCGAUGUUGGCAAUGAUGUUGUGUUUGGCUCAAGAUCACACCUCGUGACGUCGGACGGUACUGGCUCAGAGAUGAUCCAGGUUGGAGAUGGUGCCAUGAUCGCGGACCGUGCCGUCCUCCUGCCCGGUGUAACCGUUCAGAAGGGCGCUGUCAUGGGCAGUGGUGCCAUGACGCGCCGCGGCAAGACCUACGACGCCGGCGGCACCUAUGUUGGCUCGAAAGGAGGGGAUUCCAUCUGUCUGAGUCGGGGCAAUCCUGGUGCAGGAGUGCGACGCCGUCGCGGCCUUUCUAACAAGCGGGUCGAGUUUGAAGAGAGCUCUGGUAGCAUGGCGUCGACUUCCGAAAGCGAGAGCAAGACGACGCCUCUCAGCAGCAACCAGAGCACCAUUACUAUAUCCUGCGACACCUACGACGAGAAGGAGCAGACAGCUGCUCAAGAGCCUACCCUGUCGCCCUUUGGCCGGGCCUUCUACGAGGGUAAAGCAUCUUACUACGUCCUUGGCCAGUUUGCCAUUUUCCUGUACUCGUCCUUCAUCAUCGUCUUUGUCCACCUGUACUGGGAUGCCGCGUCUGUGUCGGCUGUGCAGAUUGCCAACCUCAUGUACCAGCACAUUGACAAGUUCGCAAAGAAUGGCGAGAUCUGGAGGACCUACAGGGAACCUUUCAUCAUCUUUGGCCUGUUCUCGUCAUUCAUCUGCGUACUAGCCGCCUCGGCAUCCCUCGUAGCUCUCGCGGUGGUGAUUGCAUCCAAAUGGAUCCUGCUCGGCAGGCGACAGCCGGGCAACUACGACUGGGACAAGAGCAGUUACUGCCAGCGCUGGCAAAUGUUGUUGGCCAUUGAGAAAAUACGUCUGCGCUGCUUCGCCGGCACCGGAAUUCUGGGCCUGCUGACCGGCACUGCCUACUGCGCGUGGUACUUCCGUGCGCUGGGUGCCAAGAUUGGCAAGGACUGCGCCUUUUUUGUCAACGGCGAGCUGAGCCUCGUCUUCACCGAGCCUGACCUACUUACACUGGGCGACCGUGUCGUCGUCGACAACGCCAGUCUGGUCGGCCACAUCAACAGCCGUGGCAAGUUUGACCUCAACCGCCUCAGCGUGGGCGAUCGCUGCGUGCUGCGAACCAAUUCGCGUCUGCUGAGCGGCGCACACAUGGGCAACGACAGCUGCCUGCUCGAGCAUACGCUCAUCAUGGGCGGUGAUGUUGUCGAGGAGGGCAGGACCAUGCAGGGUUGGCCUGCGGAGAGAUUCACCAGCUCUAGAGUCUAGGGUCGGUAUGCAUAACCUCUGACUCGGGGGAAACCCGUAUCACGGGAGGGGGAAACAACAUAGAACAACCGCAUACAUUUUUAC